GAGGUAAGAUUUAGUUGAUACAUAAGCAAUUGUGAGUGGUGUAGGCAAAAUAAAUAGGAAGGACCUUUUUUAGUAGAAGAUUCAAAAAUGAGGAUCAUAAAUUUAAAGUAAGUGAUGGAUUCGAAGGAACGAGUAAGAGUCCGUCUCGACCCAAACUUUCAAUUAUUUCUCUCCAUAGUUGCUGCUGAGCCAUUGAGUUCCUCUGGUAAUUUGGGCUUUGCUCAGCUUUAUAGUAUCUGCAAUCUCCCAUGUCUCAAACUGUCUGACUGGUUGAUAGAUGCAGAAGCUUCACGACAUUUGUGCAUUUAAGGAGUUAUGGAUUUAAAUGAUGGAAAAUUGCAUUAGCCUUAGCAGCUCUCUUUUUGAUCAGCACAGAAUGUCUUUCUGCUGUGUUGUAGUUAGUCUGUGAUACAAUGGAAUGCAGUGUAAAGCAAAACUGUGUCUUCCAGUUUUGUGUACAUUGGAUGCUACUGUAAAAACACUCAUUUCCAACUUCUAAGGACAACUAGUCCUGACUAUAAUGAUCUUGCAAAUGCCAACAAAAACAUAUGCAACCAUAUUCAGUAUUCACUGAUAUGCAGUGUUUGAUAUCUUUGGGCUGUUGUGGAGAUGGGUGAAGUUUAAGAGCUGCCAGAAAGCUGCAGAGUGUUACUGCUCUUCACAGAAAAUAAAACAUUUUUGCUUUGUGUUCAGGGUGUCCUUUAGGGAGAAUAUAUGUGCUGUGUUUGUACAACUUGUAAGUCCACCGAAGAAAUGCCAACCAUAUUUACAUCCACUUUCAGAGAGAGGUGACCUGUUUUCCAAUGAUUUUUGCCAAGAUCUCAGUCUUAAAGCCCUCAGACUAUUAUGUCGUUGCAAGUCCUGAAGAAGUUGACAAAUAGUGGAUUCUACUUCCACACUUCAUUAAUUAUGGGUACAGGAAUACAAUCAAACCUUCACUCUAACAAUAAAGAACUUCGGUUCUGUAAGGGGUUUACUUCUGUGGAGAAAAUCGGUUAUUUUGCUAGAGAGGAGCUAGUUGUUUUUUUAAAAAUCAUUGUCCUGCACUACUCGGGAGGCAUCUCUGAAUGUCAUGGAAAUAUUGUGUGAAGGCGGUUGCCACAAUUACUUUUCCAGUAGCGGUUGGGAAAACUGCACGCGAGGCGGGCUUCCUGGCCAAAGCGGUGGAUCCGCUAUUAUUAACACUGGACGAUGCCGGCCAGCUUGCUUACUUAACUAACAAAAAUCCCACCCCAACGAACAUCCCAAGACCAAGGCCAUUUUUUAAGACCCGCCACGGUGCUCUCGUGAGACCUGAUGAAAUGUUGCAGGUGGCAACAAUAUUGUACGAUUUCAAAGCUAAUGUAUUUACCUGAGUCCCUGCUGUCUAACGGGAGUCUGACGAAAGAAAACCCGUUUAUAGGACAGUGAAUCCACUCCUUGCAAAUAACAUCAUAGACAUAGGUUCUGCUAAAUGCAGAAAAUAAUGAAAGUUGUUAUAGUUUCAAUAAAAUGGAAAAUCCCGUUAUGCAGCGCAGACUUCGAGCGGUUAAGUUCCAGUGAACAAGACUUUUGUUUAAUUGAGGCGUUCCAAUCACAACAACUGCUCGGGAGUGUGGCGGGAAACCGCGUGCCUUGAAUAUAGUCUGCGGAUGUCUCUCUCAUAUGGGGAUGGGUUGAGAACACGCAGGAGUCAAGUGGUGGCACUGUUUGGCAAAAUACUGACUUCAGACCACGUGAAGUGAGUGGAGCCUGGUUUAAAACCUGACAUUUAACACUGCCUGCAGAUCAUUGCCUCUUAAACUUCCAUCGGAAGCUAAAGUCUGUUCCGGACUCUGGAGUGAUCCCAUCUCGACUUACCACCUUUACAUUUAUUGCCCCACUCUUCUCGAUUGAACUGGCGGCCGCUGAGGAACUCCUAUCCAGGCUUCAUCAGGAUUGCCAGUGCUGUGACUUAUUUUUUUUUCCCCUCUGACCGGUCUGACAUUUGGUGGUGUUGUAUACGUUUAUUCCCGUGUCCCCGCUUCUCGCAAACAUUGCCACACUCGCGCAGACAAGAAUGAUGAAUAAGCAAGUGCCUUCUGAUCACAAGCUGGCAUCUGUUGCUCCAACGAUAGAGUGCAACGAUGUGGAGAGGAAGGAGAUGGAGCUCGUUCUGGUAAAAGAACGCAAUGGGGUUCAGUACGCAAACACAGCUAUCAUCAACAGCUCAGCCGGGAGAGAACAGGAAGGCAGGGAGACAUGGGGAAAGAAGAUCGACUUCUUACUCUCUGUUGUCGGUUUUGCCGUGGACCUGGCCAAUGUGUGGAGAUUCCCCUUUCUCUGCUACAAGAACGGAGGCGGUGCAUUCCUCAUCCCUUACUUGUUAUUUCUGCUAAUCGCUGGAAUGCCCUUGUUUUACAUGGAAUUGGCACUGGGACAAUACAACCGCGAGGGCGCCGCCACCGUAUGGAAAAUCUGCCCUAUAUUCAAAGGUGUGGGCUAUACUGUGAUACUGAUAGCCCUAUAUGUUGGCUUUUACUAUAACGUCAUCAUAGCUUGGUCUCUGUACUAUCUCUUCUCUUCAUUCACCACUGACCUCCCAUGGGUACACUGCAAUAACCAUUGGAACAGUCGGAACUGUACUGACCCUAAACUAGUCAACAACUCAUUUCUGGGAAAUGGAACCAAAUAUUCAAAAUAUAAACUCACACCAGCUGCAGAGUAUUACGAACGGGGCGUUCUCAAUCUCCAUGAAAGUGCUGGAAUUCAUAACUUGGGGCUGCCGAGAUGGCAGCUUUUCCUCUGCUUGCUUGUUGUGAUAAUCAUUCUCUACUUCAGUCUCUGGAAAGGGGUAAAGACUUCAGGAAAGGUGGUGUGGAUUACGGCGACCAUGCCCUAUAUAGUGUUGUUUGUGCUGCUUAUUCAUGGAAUCACAUUACCGGGUGCAAUGGACGGGAUCAAAGCCUACCUCAGCAUUGACUUUGAACGCCUGAAAGAAGCCCAGGUUUGGAUCGAUGCAGCAACUCAGAUCUUUUAUUCCCUUGGAGCUGGUUUUGGAGUUAUAAUUGCAUUUGCCAGUUAUAACAAAUUCGAUAACAACUGCUAUCGAGACGCCAUUUUUACUAGCUCCAUCAAUUGCGUGACGAGCUUCUUCUCGGGAUUUGCAAUCUUCUCUGUGUUGGGCUACAUGGCAUUCAAGCAUGGAGUUGAUAUUUCAGAGGUAGCCACAGAUGGUCCAGGUUUGGUGUUUGUUAUCUAUCCUGAAGCGAUAUCGACACUCCCAGGUUCAACAUUUUGGGCAAUAAUGUUCUUCAUAAUGUUAUUGACAUUGGGGAUUGACAGUUCAAUGGGCGGUAUGGAGGCAGUUGUUACCGGAAUUACAGAUGACUUCAAGGUUUUGAAGAAGCAUCGGAAGCUUUUCACGCUAGUCACCGCGGGUGGAACUUUCCUAGUUGCACUUUUUUGCAUCACCAAUGGUGGAAUUUAUGUGCUCACAUUAUUGGACCAAUUUGCAGCUGGAACAGCAAUCCUUUUCGGGGUAUUAAUAGAAGCCAUUGGUGUGUCGUGGUUUUACGGAGUUGACAGAUUCAGUGAGGACAUCAAACAAAUGACAGGCUUCAAACCAGGUCUCUUCUGGAGACUCUGCUGGAAGUUCGUUAGUCCUGCCUUUUUACUGUUUGUAGUAAUUGUCAGUAUUGUGAAGUUCAAACCUCUAACUUAUGAUGAAUAUAUAUUUCCAAUCUGGGCAAACGUUGUCGGAUGGGGAAUAGCAGUAUCGUCCAUGUCGUUGGUACCAAUCUACGCAAUCUACAAGCUCCUCACUGUACGUGGCACUUUAAAAGAGAGAAUAGCUUACUGCAUCACCCCUGAAAAUGAACAUUAUCUUGUGGAACAAGGAAAAGUGCAACAGUUUAAGCUGAAGCACUGGCUCGCGAUAUGAAAACUUUCAAAACAGCGACCACGCAGUUUGAGAUGCAAUGGAAAUAAUAAAUUCCUGGGUUUUGCAAGCUUUUUCAAUUAAUGUUUCAGAAAUCUCAGAUUCCAUUACAAGCCAAGUUCAGUGCCAUUUCUGUCAAGUUAUAAUGGGCUGGCUGAGCACAGGAUUAUUUAUUUUGUGACCUUUUUCAUGCAUGGAGUAUUACAAACUUACAUGGACAUUGCUCUCCUCCAUUCAUUGACCUACCCGAACGCCAUCGGUUCAUUCAAGUACAGUAGUCAUGUCUCCAACAACAAACUAAUUUACAGUUUGUUCUGCAUUGGUAUAAUUGUAAACCUUAAACUUCAACGAACUUUGUCCAACUAUGAUAGAUUUUAGCCUUAAAUGUCUAAAACUACUGCCUCUAUUUUCACUCUGAUCAUUAUAAGUAAGUGUAAUUUCCUUUAUUCAUAAUCCUUUGUUUGGCAAAGUCCACUGCCAGAAUAGUUUUCAAAUAUCUGUGUCUCACCUAUGUUAUGUAGAAGCUUACACAAUUAGAAGCAGAGUCCAAGAGUCAUAGAGCAUGACAGCACAGAAACAGGCCCUUCAGCCCAUCUAGUCCAUGUCAAAUGGGUUUCUGGACCUUCGCCCUCCAUGUGCCUCCAUUCAAUGUACUUUUCCAUACUUCUCUUAAAUACUGCAAUUGAACCUGCAUCCAUCAGUCCCGCUGGCAGCUUAACCCUCUUAUUUCCAAAUAAUGAUGUAAAUCCUAUGAAUCCACCUGUGUAGCCAGAUUGAAGACUUCCAUGUCUUAAUGCUAUGUUAUCUUUAUACCAGUUUAACAUGCUGUUUGUGUACAUUAAAUUCUGUUUUAAAAUGCAACACCAACUGCUUUGCAAGAGCAUAUAGACAAAGGUAAGACAGUUAAAAAUAUUUUCCAUAUGGAAUGUAAUGGCAGCACUUUCAUGAGAAGUCAGCAUUCACUAUGAAUUUAGUAGGUUUAGUCAAAACUCAAGCUAACCUAUUUCAAAUCGGUAGAUAAGUGUUAAGACAUAAAAUACAAGCAUUCAACACCAGAAGGAAAUAGAAGUCUCCCUGUACAGUCUCACUUCACCUGUUUUUGAAAGGUGAUUUCUACAUUUAUCACAUGCAUUGGGUUAAGGGCAUGAAAAACAUUUAGCGAAAGGUGCUCAGUCAGUGAUGUACUGUUUCUCAGUCACAAAUUGUGCCUAAAGAACAACACUAGUGAUAAUCAUUUUCUCUGAACAGAACUGGGCAUUAACAAUGCAUGCAAGAGCAAUCUUUCCUGUUGACAGUUGUAUUCCAAGCAAUUUGCUUAUUUUUAUUUCCGUUUCAAUCUGCAACAUUAUGCAGAUCAAGUUAUUGCCAGCAUAUCAGGUUUUUCCAAGUAUUUUUCUGUUCAAAAUCUUUUUAACUUAAAGUGGAAUAUAGCCAAAGGGAUUUUCUGUCUGUCUUAGUUCUGACUUGCCUUUAUCAAUAACAUGCAGUGAAAAAUGAAGCAGCAGGUGAGAACAAGAGCAUUCAUUGUUGCAAUGUAGGAAGAAUUUAUUUCCUGUUCCUCACAGAGGGUAAGGUCUAAAACCAUCAGGGCAGGGUGAUUUCUGGAAACAUCUGGCCAAACUACAACAUCAAACAGAGGGGUGGAAACUGUGUAGUUAACCAGAACAGCUUUAGAGAGAGGGACCAACCAUAUCACUCUUCAAAUUUCAACCUGUUUCUGAAGUACUGUCGCACUUGUAACAUUUAGAAGGCAGCAGUCAUUUGUACACAGCAGUUCCUGAAGAUAACAAUGUAAAAAUGUCUAGGCCAUCUGUUUGCUGUGUUGAUUAAGGGAUAAAUGUUGGCCAAGAAAAUAGUGUUAACUUUUGCAAUGAAUUAAAGACAGUGCAGAUGGUAUUUCUUGUCCAAAUACUUAUAUAUUCGGUCUCUUGGAAUACAUUCCAACAACUUACCUACUACUGAUGUUACGUUCACCAGCUUACAAUUUCCUGGCUUAUUCUUAGACCCUUGCUUAAACAGCGGAACAACAUUAGCUACUCUCCAAUCCUCCAGUACCUCAUUCAUGGCUAAGGAUGCCUUAAAUAUCUACAAUUUCUGCCACAAGGUCCAAAACAACAGACACAAAACACUGGAGGAAUUCAGCAGACCAGGCAGCAUCUAUGAAGCUGAGUAAACAGUUGACAUUUCAGGCUGAGAGAAGCUCUUCAUCAGGACUAGCAGUCGACUUUUUACUCUUUUCCAUAGAUGCUGCCUAACCUGCUGAGUUCCUCCAGCAUUUUGUGUGUGUUGCUUUAGAUUUACAGCAUCUGAGAUUUUCUUGUGUUUCCUGUAGAGCAUCUUGUCAGGCCCUGGAGAUUUAUCCACCCUAAAUUGCCUCAUGACAGCAAACGCUUCCUCCCUUAAUCUGUAUACAGUCCAUAACCUCACUGCUGUUUUGCCUCACUUCCGUACACUCUAUGUCUGUUUUCCAAAUUAAAAAAUUCAUUUAAGAUCUCCCCCACCUCUUUUGGCUCUAGGUGUAAAUGACCACUCAGAUACCCCUCUGAUCUUCAAGAGGACCAAUUUUGUCCCUUGCUAUCUUUUUGCUCUUUAUAUCAAUGUGGAAGCCCUUGGCAGUCCCUUCACCUUGUCUGCUAGAGCAACCUCAUGCCUUCUUCCAGCCCUCCUGAUUUCCUUGUUAAGUGUUCUCUUGUAUUUCUUAUACUGCUCAAGUACCUCAUUUGUUCCUUCUUGCCUAUACCUGCUAUGCACCUCCUUCUUCUUCUUAAACAGGGCCUCAAUACCUAUCAAAAAAUAAGGUUCCCUAAACUUGUUAUCCUUGCCUUUUAUUCCAACAGAAACAUGCAAAAUUUGUACUCUCAAAAUUUCACCUUUGAAGUUAUUCCACACUGAACACACUUUUGCCAGAAAGCAGCCUGUCCCAAUCCACACUUGCCAGAUCCAUUCUGAUACCAAAAUUGGCCUCUCUCCAAUCAAGAAUUUCAGCCUGAGGACCAGACCUAUCCUUUUCCAUAAUUAUCUUGAAACUAAUGGCAUUAUGAUCACUCAGUUCAAAGCGUUGCCCUACACAAAUUACUGUCACCUGUCCUGUCUCAUUCCCUAACAGGAGACUUAAUACCACGCUCGCUCCAGUUAAGACAUCUUCCUAUUGAUGAAGGAAACUUUCCUGAACAUAUUUAACAAACUCUAUCUCAUCAAGCCCUUUUGCAGUAUGGGAGUCCCAGUCAAUAUAUGAAAAGUUAUCACAAUCUAAUGUUUCUUGCAACAAUCUACAAUCUCUGCACAAAUUUGCUCCUCUAAAUCCCACUGAUUAUUGGGUAGUUUAUAAUAUAAUCCCAUUAACAUGGUCUAUCCUUUCUUAUUCCACAUAUCCACCCAUAUAGAUGAGCUCUCCAGUGUGUCCUAUCUUAGCACUGACAUGCUUUUUUCCCUGACUAGUAAGUCUACAAAUCCCCUUUUAAUUCCUCCUGCUCAAUCACAUGUAAAACAAUGGAACCCUGAAACACUGAGUUGCUAGUCCUGCCCCUCCUGCAGCCAAGGCUCACUAAUGGCUACUAGGUCAUAAUUCCACAUUCUGAUCUAUGUCCUAAGCUCAUCUGCCUUUCCUACAAUAAUCUUUUCAUUGAAGUAUACAGAACUCAGAAAAUUAGUCCCGCCAUGCUCAACCUUUUGAAGCCUGACUUUGUAUGAAGGCUUAACAAUAUCUUUCCACACAACCACUCCACUAUCUGUCCUGGCACUCUGGUUCCCAUCCCCCUGCAGUUCUACUUUAACCGCGCCCCCCCCCCGCCCCCACCACCAUCACCCGUGCAGCACUAGCAAACCUUCAGGUCAUCUCCCAUUUUGUCAACAUGCUCAGAAAUGGAGAAAUUUGCUCAAGUUCAGAAGGCCCUUGCCCCCAAAUCUCAGCUGUAACCUUGAUGGGAAUCAUGCACCAGAAUUUCCUUCAAAUGUACGUAAAUUAAAAAUUCACUGCUUGCAUUAUCAAUGUCAAUAUUUAUAGAAUGUAGAACUUUACAGCGCAGUAGAGACUCUUUGACUCACAAUGUUAUGGGUGCAAAUUUUCUGCUGUAUUCCUGCAACCAAUACUAUGGCAUAAGUGGACUUCAUUGGUUGCAAAGGGAAUGGAUGCCCUGAAAAGGAUAUUUAAGAAUGGUUUGAUGUUAAAUGUUAAAAUUGCAUGUUUGUCACAUAUUUAAUAUAUCUCAUAUAUCCAUACUUUAAAAAUAGUGUGUUGGUUUUGACGUAGUGUACAUUAGAAUAAAUGUCUUGAAUUAGAUCUGGGAAAGGACAUCAGAGGCUAAAGUGAAGGUGAACACUUCAGCAGAACUAGGGUUCUUCCACAUCUCCCUAACUCAAUAAUAUUAAAUGGGUCAUUAGCUUUCUUUCUGCCCACCUGAGAAUGCCUAAACCACAUUUGCAGAGCAGCAACUGAUUUUAUGAAAGCACUUUAAUUAUCAGUAACUUUCCAUACUUAAGUAAUGGAAAUGCUCAUUAUGAAUUCAGUCUUUAGCCCAUGAGAUAUUCUUAACAGAUGCAUUUUGUUCCUUUCCUUUGUUCCAAACUUUGUCUUUUAAAUCAUUACAAAGAAAUUCCUGUCAGCAAAAUAUUUUCCAAAGCAGUCUGAUGACCAAAAAGCCAGAUUUAUGGUUUUGAUGUAUUCUUCUUCAAUUUAUGUAUAUUUUUUAAAAAUCUUUUGUUUAUUGAGGUUAACUUAUCAUUGAAAUAAUUCCCAUUAUGAUCUUUUUAAACAUUUUGUAGAUAUGUUUCUAAACUGUAUUCAGCUGUAUGAUGUUUCAAAAUAUUAAAAAUAUGUUAAUCUACCUGUAUCAAAGUUUCAAUGUACUUUUCUAAAAAGAUGAUUCUGUCUGUGUUACAUGUUUUCAUUUGUUAAAUAAGCAAAUGUAUUUAUCAAAAAGUGUUUAUAAAAUGUGCUUGUAAAAUCAAUAUUUUAAUGUACUGUUACUUUUAAAUCUGUUUUGUGCUUUGUGUAAAUAUGAGCUGUCUAGAGCUGUAUUAUACAGAAUUACAGAAUAUUAAGAUAUUGUGUAUAUUAAAAAUUACUGUUUUAAGUUGAUAGUUUCCUCUAAAAUGUAGUAAA